AUGCGGCCGGGGGGCGCGCUGCUCUUCCUGCUCGCCAGCCUGCUGCUGCUGCUGCUGCUGCGUCUGCUCUGGGGCUCGGCCGACGCGCCCGCCCGCUUCAGGCUCUCGGUGGAAGAAGGCAAAGAGGCCACUCACAACACCCCUGCAGCGCUGAGGACGCUCCGGAGUCCGGGGACCCCGGCACCGCGCACCUGGAGCAGCACAUAUCUAAAUGAGAAGUCUCUUCAAUGGAAAGACAUAUGCAAAACUCUGCAAGAUGACUUUGAGACUUUAUCUAACAAAACAAAAAGGUAUUCAGAAAAUGACUAUCUUCAGAUUAUCACAAAUAUACAGAACUGUCCAUGGAAGCGACAAGCAGAAGAAUAUGAAAAUUUUAGAACAAAACUUGCUGCCUGUUGUGAUGCUGUGCAAAACUUCGUUGUUUCUCAAAAUAACACUCCAGUUGGGACUAACAUCAGUUAUGAGGUGGAGAGUAAAUAUGAAAUUUUAAUUAGACAGAACAUUUUUAAUAUGUUUCCAGUGUCCCAGCCAUUAAUGGAGUACCCUUACAAUCAGUGUGCAGUAGUUGGAAAUGGAGGAAUCCUGAAUAAGUCUCUCUGUGGAGCUGAAAUAGAUAAAUCUGACUUCGUUUUUAGGUGUAACCUCCCUCCAACCACAGGAAAUAUAAGUAAAGAUGUUGGCAGUAAAACCAAUCUUGUAACUAUAAAUCCCAGUAUCAUAAAGCUAAAAUAUGGAAACUUAAAGGAAAAGAGAACACUAUUUCUGGAGGACAUUGCAAACUACGGAGAUGCAUACCUUCUUCUGCCAGCGUUUUCCUUUAGGGCCAACACCAUUGCCUCUUUUAGAGUGUAUGAAACUUUGAAAGUGUUUCAAGCAAGACCAAAAGUCAUAUUUUUCCAUCCCAAGUACCUAAAAAAUCUUGCCCUUUUCUGGAGAACUAAAGGUGUGACAGAAUAUCGCCUGUCAUCUGGCUUGAUGAUCACAAGUGUGGCGGUUGAACUGUGUGAGAAUGUAAAGCUGUAUGGAUUUUGGCCCUUCUCAAAAACAGUAGAAGACACACCUGUCAGUCAUCAUUACUAUGACAACAAUUUACCUAAACGUGGUUUCCAUGAGAUGCCCAAAGAAUAUAGCCAAAUUCUCCAACUUCACCUGAAAGGAAUACUCAAAUUACAAUUUAGCAAAUGUGAAACAGCCUAAGCAAAAUAUCUUAUAAUGGUAAUAAUUUUAAUACAGUGCAGUCAGUAAUAGUGUGUUUCCAG